AGUUAGAUAUAUCUAAGUACCAGUACCUGUAACACAUGCGCAUUGCGGCAACUUAAGAUCAUCGGGUUGACAGUUACGUUCAAUACUCCUUGUUGUCAAUCGUGUUUCUUUGGAACAAUUACCAGUCUACCUACCACGGGGAUAUCGGCCACAGGGUUUCCUCACCCAACGCUAUCGUCCCCUUCUUGGGCCUCCAAUUAUGACUUCAAACUUUCAAACCCUCGAUCCAAAGGGGGAUCUGACCCUUAAUAUUGCCUUCCCAGAAGAAGAGAUCAAACUUGUGUCGUUCCUCGCCUCCUCACGUCAUUUAUCUGUGGCUUCUCCCUAUUUCGAUCGCAUGUUUUCUGGCCCUUGGAAAGAGUCAGAGUCCGUAAAGUCUGGAAGCUUGGAUGUCAGUGCCCUUCCUUCAUGUGGACCAACCAGUUACUCGAUCAUUUUGAAUGCAAUGCACGGCCGAUUUCGAAAAGUGCCCAAGUCGUUGCCGAAGGCGGAGCUGCUCCAGGUUGGAAAAUUGGUCGAUUACUACGAGUGCCUAGAAGUAAUUGAAUAUCAGGCCGAGCGAUGGGUGGAUGACGCGUUCAAAUGCGAUGAACCUGCACUUGAAGGAGGCGAAAUGAGUGCCGAGUGGCUCUUCCUCUCUUGGAUUUUUCCUAAUUCAGCCAUUUUUGGUCUGGUUUCAAAGAACUGGGUUCGUAAGGCAGAAAACGCAGUCGAUCCAGGAGAAUACCCAACCCCUCAAGUCGUCACAGAUGCGAUAGAUCAGCGAAGAAAGAAAAUUGUAUCCAAAGUGAUAGAGCGAUUCGAAAUGGCUUUCGAUCGAUUGGCUUCCGAUCAAUUUGAUUCCCAAUUCCCUCGCCCAUCUUUCUGCCGACCAGAGAUUUGUCCCACGCUGGACUGUCGACUUCAUAUGCUUGGUCAACUAGCCAGGCAGUUAACCGAGCUGCGAGUUCUCCCAACAUUUAGAGGGCACGUAGAAGGCAGUUUUACAUCGCGAGAACAGGGUUACGAAGGCAUUUCAUAUGACGGGUUAUUCAAGAUCACUAACGAGUUUACUAAACCCUCUAUGUGCAAAAGGAGCACACACUACAACGGGUACGGCAACACAUGCGAUACCAUCGAUUUCCUCAAGGGCAUAUUUUCGGAAAGCAGCACAAAGCUCUCUAGUCUUAAUCUUCAGGCUCUUCAGAGUGUAAAUCAGCGGAAAACGAAUUCUACAAAUGGCAAGGCUUGAUGAUUGUCUGAUAUCAACGUGGUUCAACAACAUGUCAUGUGUGUUGGAUCGCACCACUGAUAUUGAACCUCAAUCCCCUGUACAUCAUCAUCAGAGCAUUACGAGAGUCCUCUAAGCUCUUGUCUUGAAGAUGUAUUGCUCUGCAUAGCAUACGUGGCUGUUGGAAUGGGAUGGUCGCCGAUUCCAUAUUACUACUACGGGAGGACAUGAGCGGACGACUAUCUGGGAUGAGCGGCAAGUUGUGCCUGAAGGAGUGGCCGGGGAGUUGCGGACAUCUGGCACAGUGUAUUCCGUCCAUGUGGGUGUGAGAGUCCUCCAUGGAUAUUGCGGAGACUGACAAUACUGG